AAGUGGCGCUGAAACCCCUACAGCCUUACUGGGGGAACAGGAACUACGCCCCCUGGUGGAGAGGGCGAGCACUGCACGAUCCCCACACGCCCGUAACCUCAUUUGUCGGACAUUUGUGUCGUUUUUAGCUUCUUUUGCGUGGUAUUUAGUACUCCGUGUUGAAGUGGGUCCACUGCGACCAUGACGGGACGGGGGUCCCUCCCCAACUUUAGCCGCGAUCUCUUCGCGGGUGAGACUUGCGGCGCCCACGAGGACUCCAACUCCCAGAAGUCCCAGGAGUGUCUCUGACAUGGAGUCAGUGCCCAAAUUGGAGAUGCGAGCGCGACCCGCGAUCAGACCCGCGGGUUGUGUCCGGUGAGCUUCUCCGGGAGGUGCGGGAUCUCCGUGGUGGUGCGGAGAAGUUCUUGAGAACAUCAUGAAGCCGUCCCUCGAACACGUGGCGCACGAGACGGGCGCGGCGGAGAAGGACAUGAUCGCGAUGGACGCGGUGGACAGACGGCCUGGGUCCCUCAAACGGAGGUCCACCUUCUGCGGAGCGCAGCAGGUCGCGGACGGACGGGACGGAGGUGGAGAUGAUGAUGCUGGAGAACGUCCAUGUGGGCGCAGCGAGGAGAAGAAGAAGGGACGGAAGAGUCCCGGAGAGAGAGGGGAGCGGGGGCCCCCGGGGGACACCCUGAGUUGCCACAAGCUGCAGGAGUCCUUGCUCAGCUCGGCCAGUGGAUACAGCAACUAUCGGGGCAUCCUCAACUGGUGCGUCAUCAUGCUGGUCUUGAGCAACGCGCGACUUUUCCUGGAGAACUUGCUCAAGUAUGGAAUCUUAGUGGACCCCAUCCAGGUGAUCUCGUUGUUCUUGAAGGACCCCUACAGGUGGCCUGCGGCAUGUCUUGUUAUUGCCUCGAACAUCUUUAUAAUGAUAGCCUUGUACACCGAGAGGAGGCUGUCCGUGGGGGCUAUCGGCGAGAACGUCGGCAUCAUCAUUCACUCCAUCAAUCUUUCCACCGUUCUCUUCUUCCCCGUGGCCACCUUGCUGAUGGUGAAUUCUGUGACCCCAGUUGGAGGGGUGCUUGCUCUCGCUGUGUACACCAUCCUCUUCUUGAAACUGUACUCCUACAAAGACGUGAACAAGUGGUGUAGAGAGAUCCAGCACGCAAAAGCCCUCUCCAUGUCGAGAUCCUUUUCAUGCCCUACAGUUCAGCGGCUGAACGGAGCAGCUUCACGCUCUCAGGUCCACUACCCGGGCAACCUCACUCACAGAGAUAUGUACUAUUUCGUUUUUGCACCAACGCUCUGCUAUGAGCUCAACUUCCCGCGGUCACCACGGAUACGUAAGCGCUUCCUGCUCAGAAGGCUGUUUGAGAUGCUGUUCUUCAUGCAGUUACUGGUUGGAUUAAUACAACAGUGGAUGGUGCCAACUAUUCAGAACUCGAUGAAACCGUUCCAGGAUAUGGACUAUUCCAGAAUGAUUGAACGACUGCUGAAGCUUGCUGUCCCCAACCACUUUAUUUGGCUGAUCUUCUUCUACUGGUUUUUCCACUCCUCCCUGAACUUCGUGGCUGAGCUCAUGCAGUUCGGGGACAGGGAGUUCUACAGAGACUGGUGGAACUCGGAGACGAUCACCUACUUCUGGCAGAACUGGAACAUCCCUGUGCACAAGUGGUGUUUGCGCCACUUCUACAAACCGAUGCUGAAAAGAGGAAUGAGCAAAUGGGUGGGCCAGACUGCGGUUUUCCUGAUUUCGGCCUUCUUUCAUGAGUACCUGGUCAGUGUUCCUCUGAAGAUGUUCCGACUUUGGGCUUUCAUGGGCAUGAUGGCUCAGCUUCCCCUGGCAUGGCUUGUGGGGCGAGUUUUCCAAGGUAACUACGGCAACGCCGCCGUGUGGAUCUCGCUCAUCAUCGGUCAACCCAUCGCCGUGCUCAUGUACGUCCACGACUAUUACGUUCUUCACUACGGCGGGGAGGAACCGGCAGCUCCUGUGCUGCUGUCAUAGACAGAGAGUGACAUAUUCAGCUGGAAAGGAAUCAACGCUUCAGUUUCACAUUUUCAAUGAGGACAAUUAAGAUGGUCAAAAUCAUGUUUAAAGAUAUUUACAACUGGGAGGACUUGGUAGGAGAGCAGCAGAGUCUGAUGACUUCAGUUUUUGAGAGAAAGGUCUAAUAUGAGCCAUGUGAAUCUCCAUGACAACUAAACCCAUGAACUACUGCUGUAGUUUCGCUAUUGAGACCAGAUUCCAUGUACUGUUAUUCUGCGACACUGUGAAUCUUGCACUUUCCAACCCUACUGCCGUAAAAUAUUUGCCUGCCAUAAAGAGGCCUUUCUGAAAGUUCUAUGCAUACUGAACUAGGCAAAAGAAUGAAGAAGCAAUGCAUCUUUUUAAAUCUAUUAACGUCAAAGAAAUGACAGUAUUGGUAAAGAAUGAUAAUGGUCUGUAUGAUUAACUUUUUUUUUUUUUGUAUGAGGUAACAUGUUUCAACAGUACACAGAUUAUAAACAAAAUCACUAGUGCACCUAUUUCAUGGAUGAUGAAGAUCAUGUUCAGCAGUUUUUCCACUAACGUUGUAAUUUUGUUCAAAGUCAAUAUAAUUUUCAUAUGAAUUUAAUCUGCAUUUUUGUGACCUCUGGACAUAUCAGUUCUUUUUUGCAUUGUAAAUGUUAAUCCUAACCAAAAUAUCUUUGGCAUUUAUAUUUUUGAUAUUCAACUGUUCUUUGUAAAAGUGUGAUGCUGUCCUUUUCCCAUUGAACACUUGAGAGGUUAAUUUAUUUUUUGCUAAUACCAGCAACAGUCUACGCUUGUAGUGCAGAGAUUACGUUUUUGGUUAUUAAAUUUGUCUUUUUAAAGCA